AUGUUUAAAAACCUAUUAGGAUUAGUAAAUGGAACCUAAAUGGCAUAUUCUUAAUUACAGAAUGAUCAUUCUUAUAAUAGAAUGUAGCAUUAUAACUUCCUUAGUUAAAAUCAAUUACAUAACUUAUUGAAUAAACAUAGGAACUUAUUUAUUCUUCAUGAAAACCAGACAUAGCAUAUCUAUCAAUUCUUAGAGAUGCGAAUUCUGAUAGUGUGGUAAUUGAGAUAUAAGAUAAAUUUAGACCUUUAGUUAGAACUCCGAUCGAUUGAUUAGAAUGUUAUUAGAGUAAGUUUUAGCCCAUAUAGAAAAGAAGAACUCUAUAAAAUUGUCACCUUUGGGAUUUUAUGAUGCAAAUUAAGUCAAAUUCUCUGAUGAAGAGUAGAUAACCCAUAUUUAUUUUAGAAUAUGUAUUGUAAGUAUUCUUAGAUGUGGAAAUGCAUUCUUAAAUGAAGCUUUAAAAGUGAUUCAAGGAGCAUCAAUUGGAUAAUAUUGUUUCAAAGAAAUGAAAAAACAUCAAUGCCAAAGUAUUUUUUUUGAAAAGCUUCCUAAGACUAUUUAUGAAUAACAAAUUAUUUUGGUUGAUCCAAUGCUUGGAACAGGAGGAAGUGUAAGCAUGGCAUUAAAAAUAUUAUAAAAUUAUGGUGUUAAGCAAGAAAAUAUAAUAUUUUAAAUUUAGUUAGUUGUGAAUAAGGGUUGAAAAAAGUUUUUACAGAAUAUCCAAACAUUAAAAUAAUAAUUGCUCAAGUUGAUCCAAUAUUAAUAAAAGAAAUUAAUUAUUUGACUCCAGGAAUCGGAGACUUUGGGGAUAGAUAUUUUGGAACUGUUAAAAAACAUACACGUGCCGAAUACGUUUGA